AAGCGAGCUCAUAUGAAGCUUCAUCCGUUAAGAUCUCUCCAUGUCGGUUCGCUGAGACGAAACAUCAUACUCGCCCAUGCCGCCAGUCCUCCUGCUCAAGGCGCCAGUAUCACAACGAAGCCUCAAAGGAUCACUCACAUCAUAUGCAGAAUAGCCGAUUUUUGAAACAAUGGGAAGCGAGAUGCGCAAUAUGCGUUACUGGAUCUUCUGUCUAAGAGUUCGAGCGAUGAUGAUGGCAAAAAUCAGAAAAAAGUUCAUCAACCUAUUCAAGGACAAGUGCGUACGCGGGAAGGCAGCCACCGCGCUGGAGGGGUUUUUGAAAACUCUUCUGUCCCGAUUCUGUAGCUCCCUCAAGAAGUUAGCAUUUACUGUUGUGACCAAACUAGCACGAGAUGUGUACGACAUGUAUAUAGCCAAGCACGCUCAAGCCGUGCGACCCGACAAUUGGAUGGCCACUUCUAAUUUUCUUGCACCGCUGGCCCAGGAAAUGGCAAAGGACUUUACCAUGCUCUGGGAGUCGCAGAACGAACAAAUGAUCAAACAGUUUAAGAAGCGGGAUGGAGGCGAUGGACGUUUCUUCGAUGAGAGGACACUUCCCAAGGAGAGUCUUCUUGUCCGAUUUCUGCACCUUCGAGAACUGGUGGAUGUAGCUAAACGUCCAGUUGCAGUCCCUAUCUCGCCGAUCCGCCAUGGUUUCAUAACUAUAACGGAGCAAGAGUUGUUCUACUCUAUCCACGAUAGCUUUCGCGAGGACGUUUUAGGAGCUUUAAAAAUGGACUCAACCAAGAAGUACAAACUGAACGAACUUGAGGCUACUUUUAAAAGAAUAGCGCCCGACGAGUUCCUUUGCAACCUAAUAUGUCCCUCGAAGUCAUUAAACCUGAAUCCAAAGGCCACGUGUAACCAAUACACAAAGCGGUACGUACUCACAGGCACGUUCCAGACGGACGGAUUCCAGCUGCGGUUGCUAGCCUGCGACACGCGUGUCACAAAGGGGUACAAGCCCUCAAACCCCGUUCCUGGCCGAGUCGAUCCCAAGGUGGGAACCGAUCGGUGGUUGAAAGAGAUUAGGAACGAAUUCUCUGGAUCGGCAAAGGAACUCCAGGACACGUUUGGUAGUGACGGUAGGGAUGUCUGGAUUGGUGGCAUUGACCUGGGCCAGGUGGUCACAGCAGCCGUCAGUGUUUUAAUCCUUGAUCCCCCCUUGGCGGAUGGAACACUACCUUGGCCGCCGACAGGGAAAUACUGCACUCUCAAUAUCAAGCAAAAGGCCUUGAUGCAGCCUCAGUUCAAGUAUCGCAGAGCUAUCGAAGGACGCAAGACCGACGUGAUCCAUGAUGCCGAGAGUUCACUAUUGCCGAGAAGAGGCAUUUCUGAUGAGGACGUUCGGUUGUUCUUGAACUCAAUGGAUAAAAUCAGACAGGUGUUGAACGAGCACUAUAACCAAUCGUUCCGGCAUCAUCGCGACACUUGGGAUCUGAAAAAAGCGAGGGAUGCAGAGGACCGAAUCACUAUCGAGGCUAUUCUCAAAUUGGUAAAAGAAGACAACCAGGAGAAAGCCGUUCCAACCAACAAGGUGCUGUGGGGUGUGGGUCUCGGCAAGUUCGGCACCUCGUCCGGGUUGACUUCGCUGCACGGCACAUUCAGCGCUAAGUUGAUUUCAGCGCUCAGGACCAGGAGUCAUGCGGUGGUCGGUAUCAACGAAUACUACGCGUCGCAAAAGUGCCCGUUCAAUAGCCCUGUUGGUCCAAGUAGAAAAUGCGACCAUGGGUUUGUUGAACGGGUGAAUAUGCGUAGCAUGUAUUGUUUAGCCUGCCAGAUGCCUUUCCACCGCGACAGCAUGGCUGCACAAAACAUGGUGCAAGCUGCCCACUAUAGGCUUUUCAAGGGUAUACGACAUGCUGAACUUCAGCCUUUGGACUCCAACGGCCAGCCGAUAUGGUCCUAGCGACUCAAUCAUCAGCGGGUUUAACUGUUUUUAUAUGACGUAUCGGUAUUAAGCUAAUCAUGCAUUUUUAUUUUAUUUGGGAACAUAAGGACACCCUGACUCACGACGGCUGGGCAUCAAGAGCCAUGGAUACCGGAAGGCCCUAUGGGCACCCGAAGAUAUUACCGCAACAACAUAGACAAGUCGAAGAAACACCCAUGUUGACACACCAAGACAGCGUUUUCGAAAAGGAGAUCAAGCAGCGGGCAGCGACAGCAUUGCAUGACCAUUCAGUGUUACUUCUUCAUGCCUUGACCAU